CUCAAAUACCCAUUUGUCAAAACCGUUCCUUUUCGUGGUUAAAGCUUCAUCUGAUGUUGGGUCAGAAGCAUCCAAAGAGGUAGAUAUUGACCAACCUUAUGGACUCAAAUUUGUGAAAGGAAGAGAUUAGCUGACAAGGCUUAGGUGCUGUUUUUGGGACCGAAAUUUGGCCAGCCGCGGAAUAUGGAAGAACAAUGUACACAAUUCGCCAAAGAAUAGGCCCGUUACUCAUGAGAAUGCAGAAAAGAUAUGGAAAGAUAGAAACAGGUGGUGAGUUCACUGAGAAGGAGAUCAUCAGAGCUGAAAGGAACUCUGGUGUAGUCAGUAGCAAAGUCAGGGAAAUUCAAAUGCAAAACUACCUAAGGAAAAAGGAACUGAAAGAGCGUCGGGAAAAUGAUUUGAGAGAAGGCUUACGACUAUACAAGAAUGCUAAGUAUGAGGAAGCAUUAGAGAAAUUUGAGUCAGUUUUGGGAACAAAGCCAGAGCCUGAUGAAGCAGCAGUGGCAAGUUAUAAUGUUGCUUGUUGUUACUCUAAGCUGAAUCAGAGAAUCAGAACUGAUCCUGACCUUGCAAAUGCAAGGGCAUCCCCGGAAUUCGACCCAUUAUUGAAAAGAUUCGAUGAAUCAUUUAUCAACGAGAACGCCAUCAAUGCCAUCAAAUCAAUUUUUGGAAUAUUUAAUAAGAAAUAACUCCUCUACGUAGACACAAGAAAACAAUCGGUUUAGCUCUAAGGAAUUGAUUGAGCAAAUAUGAUUCCAUCACAUUUGAUUUCGCCAUGUAUAUUUUGUAGUUAAUUAUAGGUCUCAAUUUUUUUGUUGCCACCUUUGCAGGAUCAUGUUUUAUGUACUAGUAUGAUAUAUAAGAAACUUAUGAUCAAUAAAAUUGUCCAUUUCCAUCAA